CAGAGAUAUUAUGGACUGCAACCUGCUGACUCUUUCCACACUCUGACACUCAACCUGUAGGAGUUGGAGCGCCGCUGAGUGAGACCCUGUUUUUUUUCUUUCUUCCCCCCUCUCUCUCUUUUUGUCAUCAACUCCGGGAGUGAAUGUGUCCGCUUCAGUAGAAUGGCUUCAACCAGAGGCGCAGUUCUGUUUGUGGAAGCGUGUCCACUGACCGAAGAGUAGCGGAGCGCUCAGAAUAAACUCUCACAUGGUGCACUUUAUCCUGGAGCAGCAAAGCGCGCUGCGGGGAGCAGAAAUGAAAGCGGGAGCGGUGCUAUUAUGCGCAUUUUCCUUUAGUGAGUAUUUCAAAUGGCUUGAUACGGGACUUCUGCCGUGCUUUUGAUCAAUCGUUUCGACUGAUAGCGCCGUUCUCGGGUGGACUUUGGCUACCAUUACGCGCGAUUCGCGUUCGGAGAGGCGACCGAAACUCCACGCCAGGCUCAGUCGGGGGACUCUGGAGAGCACAGCGGGGGACAACACCAUGACCAGCCGCCUGCUUGCCUUGGUCGGAGUGUGGUGGAGCGCUUACUACUGCACGUACGCGGCGGCGGGGAGUCACUACUCACAGGAGGGCACCGGCGAGGGGCAGCCGGGCUUCGUCCACCGGAGGCUGCGGACGCACGAGAAGAGGGAGAUGCAGAAGGAAAUCCUGUCCGUCCUGGGGCUGCCGCACAGACCGCGGCCGCAUCUGUCCCACGGAAAGUACAACUCCGCUCCGCUUUUCAUGCUGGACUUGUACAAAACUUUAUCGAGCGAGGAGAAACGCCAAGUGGAAGGCGCGCUGGAGAGACACCAGUCCGUUCCGGCCACCCAGAGCCCUCCUCUGGCAACGUAUCAAGAAACGGCCUUCCUGAACGACGCGGAUAUGGUGAUGAGCUUCGUUAACUUAGUGGAGUAUGACCGGGAGCUCUCUCUGCAACGGCGUCACCACAAGGAGUUUAAGUUCAACCUGUCGCAGAUCCCAGAGGGCGAGGCCAUCACGGCAGCCGAGUUCCGCCUUUACAAGGAGUGCGUGAGCCAAGCGUUUCGCAACGACACCUUCAUGCUCAAAGUCUACCAGGUGGUCAAGGAGCACCCUGACAGAGAGGCGGAUCUGUUCCUGCUGGAGUCCCGGAGGCUUUGGGCCGCUGAGGAAGGAUGGCUGGAGUUUGACAUCACGGCGACCAGCAACCUGUGGGUGAUGAGUCCGGUGCAUAACCUGGGUCUGCAGGUCAGCGUGGAGACCAGUAGCGGUCGGACCAUCAGCUGUAAAGACGCGGGCCUCGUGGGACGAGACGGCGCGCUGGAGAGGCAGCCUUUCAUGGUGGCGUUCUUUAAGGUCAGCGAGGUCCACAUCCGCUCCGCCCGUUCCGCCGGCGGGAAACGGCGGCACCAGAAUCGCAACCGCUCCACACAACCACAAGAGGCGUCCAGAGGGUCGGGCCAAACAGAUUACAACAGCAGCAAUCAGAAGACGGCGUGCAAGAGACACGAGCUGUAUGUUAGCUUCAGAGAGCUGGGCUGGCAGGACUGGAUCAUCGCCCCCGAAGGCUACGCCGCCAACUACUGUGAUGGAGAAUGUUCCUUCCCCCUGAAUGGACACAUGAAUGCCACCAACCACGCCAUCGUGCAAACGCUGGUGCACCUGAUGAACCCGGAGAACGUGCCGAAGCCUUGCUGCGCCCCCACCAAGCUCCACGCCAUCUCCGUCCUCUUCUUCGACGACAACUCCAACGUCAUCCUGAAGAAGUACAAGAACAUGGUGGUACGCGCCUGCGGCUGCCACUGACACCAGUGAGGACUGGUUGUACGCCGACGGACAAGGCUGAACUCAGUUGGACUCCAGUUGUUUUUUUUUUUUGUUUUUUUUUGUUUUGAGUUUUUUUUGCUGCCUGGAAGUCAGCAGCAUCUAGUUCAAUAAUCACAAACCGAAACUAUUAACAUGUCGACGACGAGGACGGGGAUCAAUACCAGACUGAGAGUUACAGGCGACUUCUCUCCAUUCCAGUGUUGAGCCAGCGUUGUCGUCGUUGGCGUCACGCUCCAGACUUCGCUUUCACGGACUUUGUGUGUCUGAGAAGAGUGUUUAGUUUGUAUAUUGUGUGUUUAUUGAAUCGCAGGAAGGCCUGACAGGCUGCCGUAACCGAUCUGUUGAUGGACCAGUCAGACUGCUGCUUUCAUUCCCCCAUCUCCUCUCUGAUGGAAAACACAGCGGAUCAAAUCUGAGGAGGCGUACGAAAGAUCAGUUUCCCCGCGACCGACUCAAACACCUGCUCAGCCUAUGCAUUUUUCCUCGCAAGCCAAAUUUACUUUCCCCAAAAUAUAAUUUGGAAGACCGAAGUGACCGCAUUCUGUUUUAGCAGCACGCUCCUCCAAAUAAUGCUCUCUGUGUCAAUAUUUGCCAGGCUCAGGCCGACAUGCCGUUCUCCGGGGCCGGUUUAACCCGAUCCAUGUUGUGGCCAAACUCGUGUUUUUCUACAAAAAGGACACAAAUUCAGCCCCUUUCGCCCUCCGACAUGCCACAAGUGGCCGUUUCUGUUUUGCCGCUCUCGCAAAGCUCACAAACGCGUCUAACCCCUUUACAAGAGAUUGUGGAAAAACAUUUGCAGAGACCAAAACGGUCCGCGUGACGAGUUCUUUUUCUUCUGCCACCCUGAGAGCAACAUUGUGCUCAGAUUUAGCUGCAGCAUCUUCCCCUCUCAGCGCGUUACUGUGAGCCUUAAAUAACGUGGAAUAUUUAAAAGAACAUAUCUGAACGAGAGAGAAAAAAAGAUGACUUGUAUCCGUACCAAUCAAAAUACCUUUUGUGCCUAACCAAUCUUAAAUAUUAUAUACCUCUGGAAAGCUGCUGUUUACAUUUGUGAUCCUGUUAAAACUUUUUUUUUUCUGUAAAUACGUGUACAUUUUCAGCUUAUUUAUUGC